GACAACAAACCAGAUAAAAUGCUGUCUGCAAAACUGACGCGAAGUUACUUCAAAGCUUCAUCAUGGGGGAGUGAACCCAUGCAGCACACGCCUGCUGAGCUGCUCGACAUUCGGGGAGCCGCCCGUCCCGACAAAGAGGCAAUAGUGGUCCUUGAUGCCGACAAGCCAAGACAAGCAAUCACAUUCGGUGAACUCAAGACCAAGACAGAGCAGCUGGCCGCGGGGAUGAUACGACAAGGCCUGUUGACGGGGGACAGAGUAGCCCUUCUCUGUCCAACCUCGCUUGAGUACUCUAUUUGUGAGUAUGCCAUGGUGAGGACCGGCGCCAUCCUGAUUCGGCUUCACGUCAGCGUCAAGUCAAGUGAUUCGGUCAAGUUUGUGCUGAAUCACACCAAAUGUCGCUGGCUGAUCGCACAUACUGGCGACAGAGGUGAAAAUUAUCGUAUGCUGACGGAUAUGAUCCCCAGUCUGGCAGAGCAAGGACCAUUUGUUCAACUUGGAGCAGAUCUACCGCACUUGGAAACUAUUUUCAUGAUUUCUUCUGACGCCGAGUCGUACCCAGGAACAUUACCAUGGACGACAUUAUUCGAAGGGAUCAAAGUUGACGACCUAGCAACGAUGCGGCAGCGUCAAGCAACCGUUGACGGUGACAUGAUCCAUGGUGUUUAUUGUACCUCCGGCAGCACUGGCAACCCUAAAUUCGUUGCAAUAUCGGGUCAUUGGAUGACGAAUUUGACCCGUGUAGUCUUCGAGCGGAUGGGUGUGAACGAAUCGGAUAAAGUAAUGAACGAUCGGCCUAUGUGUUACGUUGGGGGAUGCACUUCAACUACCCUUGCCAUCGGAUUGACGCAUUUCUCCGUGAAGACCCCGAUAGCAGGCCCCGAAGCCCAGAAAGGACUUGACUUCUUCUUCAAGUGUAUAGAGGUCGAGGGUAUUAGCGUGCCUUAUAUGUUCCCAUAUACGCUGCACGAGCUCCUUGGACGUGUCCAAGCUGGCAUGGAUAUUAGCAAGAUUAAGGUGAGCCUAGCAGGAGGUGAGGUUAUUCAGAAGGACUUACUACGUGGUUUGUAUGAGUUGGGCUACCCAUUGGUAGAUAUUUAUGGUGGUACCGAGGUAGGUGAAACCUGUUCCUCUCUAACCAGUGAUCCGAUUGAUAUCAAGAUCGAGAAAACUGGUAUUGGAUGUGACAAUGAGGUUAAGAUCAUUGAUGAUAACGGAGUGAUCGUCCCUAUUGGAUCAGCGGGUGAGGUGUGCGUCAGGAAUACGUAUAUGUUCGUGGAAUACCUGGGAGAUGAGGAGAAGACAAGACAAGCCAAGGAUUCCAGGGGAUGGUAUCAUACUGACGAUAUCGGGGUCAUGGACGAGAAUGGGUACUUGUCAAUAUACGGCAGGAAGAACGAUGUCAUCUCCAAGGCGACCGUAAAGAUUUACCCUUCAGCCAUUGAAAAAGUGUUUCGCGAACACCCCAAAAUCGACAAAGUGGUUGCUGCAGGAAUUCCUCAUCCUAUCAUCAAGGAGGAAAUAUGUCUGUGCAUCGUUGAGAAGCCGGGCGCAGAUCUCACGGUCGAGGACGUUCGUGAUUUCUGCAAGGAGAAUCUCCAGUGGGACGAGACGGGGUCACCGAGGAUGAUUCCUGACUAUGUCCUGCUGUUUGACCAGUUCCCGACCGGUGCGACUGAUAAAACAGAUAGGAAGAAGAUACGGGCUGAGGCAAUUCGGCGCGUUGAGGCGGGCAGGGAGGGAUGUAAAAUAUAAGACAAAAUUGGACUUGUGCAAAAUCUCUAUGAAAUUUUUGUUAAUGUGAAAUUUACCGGUAGAAGGCCUGUCCUAAUGAAUUCUAUAAUAGAACUUGCAUCUGGACUCAAACACGUACACCACUAUUGGACAUUUUGAGAUAUCGUAAUGAUUACGUUUAUAAACUCACAUGAGUAUUGGAUAUCUAAAUAAAACUUGCAUCUGGACUCGAUUGCACGCGUGACAGUAUUGUACAUCUUGACAUGAUAACCUUAUCGUUACAUGUCGCCGCCAGUCUACAUUCGUUUACUGGUCAGCUUUAUCAAAAAUAUUUUUUUCUGGAUUUUUGAGGUUAGUGAUCUACAUUUAACAAGCCGUCCCUGAAUGUGCGAACAAUAAUGUACCCGAAAACACGUAGUU